UUUUUUCGGUAGGAAGAAACAAUUCUGUUACUUCUGAAAAGUUUGAAAACCACUAGUGUCUAUCCUUCAAGAUUUCUUCUAUGCCCAGUCUCUAGGAGAUGACAGCAAGAUUGGAGAGAAAUGAAAUGAUGAAAAGUGGUGUAAUCAGCCAUCCUUCGAAAUAACAUGCUAAACAAUCAUCUGUAGCUAGAUGGCAAGGGACAAUAUAAUCAGUUAUAGAGUGGCCCCUACACUUAUGACCUGGUCUAUGGCAUUAAUGUUAAAAGUUAUAGUCUGUGCGGAUAGAGUUGACCAUGAAGCUGUAACUUUGCCAUUUAUUAUGAUAUUGUUGAAAGAAGAAUGUUUCAAGGAUGGAAUCUGCAAAGAGCUUAGAAAAAGGAGAAUAAAGAACAGGAAGAGGAGAAGGAAUGGCAAUGAAGAAGACCACCAUAUUCCCCCCCAGACCAAAAGGAGUAGUAGAAACCCCGUCUUUCAUGAUUCCUGGGACACAGAGAUAGUACCUGUAACGAAAAACAGUAAAGACAGCAGACUAAGAGGAAACACAGUGCUGUGUGCGUCUUCAAGCAGUGACAGUGGCGGGAGCAGCAGCAGCAGCAGCAGCAGCAUCAACAGCCCGGACAGGGCCAGUGGGCCAGAAAGCAGCUUAAACCACGUGGGCACCGUGUCCAGCCCUAACACCCCUCAGCCCGUGCCCGAGCAGUCCGCACUGUGCCAAGGCCCGUACUUCCACAUCAACCAGACCCUGAAGGAGGCCCACUUUCACAGCCUGCAGCACCGAGGACGGCCUCCGACAUGAUGUGCCGCCAGCUUCUUGCCUUCUGUGAAGGGACAGCUGUGCAGAUUUGAUAGUUCAACUUACGAUGUUUUAAAAAAUUGCACAAAAAAAUGCCUGUUGGCUUUUCAGUCUAUAUUUGAAAUAACAGGCUAACAGGCAGUUGUUUACUUGUGGUUUUGCUGCACUAUUGCAAUUUCAAAGGGGCUUUGAAGCAAUUUUUUAUAGGAUUCUUUUAAGGGUGGGUAUCAAAUCCAUGUCAAGGUAGUGGUAUGAGGAAAUCUCAUCUGCGUGUCGAUUCCAUAGUCUGUCCAGUUCAGAUGGAUAUCCAAAUCUGUCAAUUAGAAAUUCUACUUUAUGUAAAAAGGCCUUUUAAAAAUGCGGGAUCUUCAAUUUUUUAAAUUCAAUAAACUAGAAAAGAGUAUCUAGUUUCCAUGAAAAAACAUAAGUUUUUUUCCAAAAUAUAGAAAGCUUGAUUCAGUCUUGCACUGAAAUUAAUUGCCAUUCUACCUCUUAGUGUGUAGCUGUCCUGUUGAAAGUGCUCUCCUUGGUAACAGGACCGUCAGACCCCAGCUGAGAGCGCGUACGUCAGGCGCCCUCCCUGAUAGCUGUCUUCUCUGUUAUAUAUUUGUAUUUCCGGAGAGAAUGUCUUUCAGACUCUCACACACACAGAUCACUUCUGUUACCCUGAUCCCUCCAGAGCCUCCGUGUCAGUUAGUGGAAAACAUCGCACCGUUCUGAGAGUCACAAAAUGCGUGACGACUGUUUGUCUUACAAACUUGUCAUAGCAGCAGCGUAUGUGAUCUCACUGAUAAUUCUGCCUUGUCUGUUGAGAAUUAAGGCGUUGAUUGAUGCUGACAAAGUAUGGCCGGCUGAACUGAUGUCUGAAGUCACAGGUGUUGCGAAACUAUUGGCUAAAGAUUCACUUUAUGCUUAACAUAACCCCUAACAGCAGGGGCCACAUUCCACCAUUGAAACUGGAAGGACUGGUGUGGCUUAGAAACAAAUGAGCAGAGGCACCUUUAGAAGAAAUAAUGCAGUAGUAUUUAUUCAGAAAGAGAUAGAUAUGUUCCCAUGUUAUUUAGUCAUACUAGAGAGCCAGCCAAGUUUGAAUAAUGAAGGUGUAGACGAGUCUUCUUCCUCACUGACAAGCUGUCUGAACAAGGAGCCAGGCUGCAUCGGGUCAUCUGCUCGGGAGAGUGCCGGGGGGACCGCCUGCCAUUGCAUGUAGAGGAAAGUGCCUUAGAGUCCACCCGAACCCUCCUGCCUGCUCACACCCCCCACCCCAGCCCACCCCACCCCACUCGAGUCCACACAGCACACACAAGCAGAUCCGAGAAGCAUGGCUAGCUCUAGAAAGGCGACUUUGCUCCUUGUCGAGAUUUGAAAAGGACAUAGGGGACAGAAUGAGAUUUUAUUAUGUGACAGAAGUAAAAUUUGAAGAUGAGGACUAUCAUAGGAAAAGGGUAAAUGUGUACCUCUUUUCCAUGGUUUGUUCCACCAAGAUGGAUAGAAUUUAAAGGUCAGUUACUUGAAGUAGAAAUUUAGAGUGGGGGGCGAAGUUACAGCACAGGCCCAUGCUUACAGAGUGGAUGGUUUGUGCCCGAACCACUGGUUUUCACUACCAUCUCUCAAGUUUUAAAACCAGAUGUUUGCCGAGGAUUUUGGAUCUUAAUGGGUUUGAUGGCAGGGAAUAUGGAAAGGAUGCGUUGCUAAUAUUUUGUCUAACAAUAAAGCAAACGACAACUAAAUGCUGUAGGAAGACAAGCUGUUUGAGCUCUCAAACACUGUACACAACACAAUUCAGAAAUACCCAGGAGGACUCCUGCAGGCUUAUGGAUGGCAGCCUACUGAAACAAAACGUGUAUUAACAAGAAAAUGUAAAACUUGAGAAAGCAAAUUUCCUUUUACUUCCCACCCAGCUAAAAGAAAUGGAAGAUGAAACCAUUACCAAAACACAAGUUUUUUCCCAAGUAAGUACAAUCAUAGUGCUGGGUUGGCAGUUAGCUCUUUUACCCUAUUAAAAACCAGAAAUAACUCCAUCCUGUCCUGCAUAUUUUCUACAGCCUUGGCAGCCUGAGAUACAUUUCUAUUAUGCGGCUACUUGAUAGUGUAAAUGGGCAUCUUUUAAAACUUCUAUUAGCUCAAGCUAGUAAAACCUUGUACUUCUAUACUGCGCCGCCAUUAAAAGCAUUAGUGCACUGUGUCA